AUGGAAACGAUACCGCGAUCUAGAAUACAACUAGCGCCAUCUAGUGGCGGAGUUGGAAGUAGUUUUCGAGUUGGUAAUGAGGUGAGUUCCUCUACAACCCUGCUGGAGUAUCUCCGAAGACACUUGGAGCUGCGCGGUACCAAGUACAUGUGUCUGGAGGGAGGAUGCGGAGCCUGUAUCGUGAAUGUAGUCAAAAGUCCUGGUGAAGCUUCAUUAGGUGUCAAUUCAUGCAUGGUGCCAAUAACGUCUUGCAAUGGCUGGGAUAUAACAACUAUUGAGGGAAUUGGCAAUCGCUUGAAAGGUUAUCAUCCAAUACAAAUGACAUUGGCUGAGAAUAACGGCUCGCAGUGCGGCUACUGCAGUCCAGGAUGGGUCAUGGCAUUAUACAGCAUUCUCAGAAACCGACGGCCGACAAUGCUCGAAAUAGAGCAAUCAUUUGGGAGUAAUAUAUGCAGAUGUACUGGUUAUAGGCCAAUUUUAGAGGCGUUCAAGAAAUUCGCAAUAGAUUAUCCUGAUCCUAAGAUUAUACCAGAUAUUGAAGAUUUAAAAUUGUGUCAGAAGACUGGAGAACAGUGUUCGAAAAAUAGUUGUAGCGAGUGGGAUUGGUGUGUAAUAAACAAAAGCGAUUUGACUGAUGAUAUUCUUCACAUUCAGUUAAGAGAUCACAGAAAUUGGUUUAAAGCUACCACUGUUGAUCAUAUUUUCUCACUUUGGCAACAAUUUGGUACGGAAUCCUAUAUGCUGGUUGGGGGUAAUACGGGAAAAGGCGUUGUUCCAAUACUGGAAUAUCCGAAACUUCUUAUUGAUAUAAACCAUGUUCCCGAACUGCAUGGUUAUUAUGUGGAUCAAAAUUUGGUAAUCGGAGCGUCAACGACUCUCACUGAUUUAAUGACGAUAUUUGAAUUCAAAGGUGACACUAGAGAAUUUAAUUAUUUGAAUAUACUUAAUGAUCAUUUGAGAGUGGUAGCUCAUAUAGCUAUUAGAAAUUCUGCAACUAUUGGGGGAAACUUAACAUUGAAGAAUCUACAUCCUGGGUUCCAAUCUGACAUUUACAUAAUAUUGGAGACUGCUGGAGCACAGUUGACCAUAUUGACAGAUUUCCACAGCGAAAAAGUUGUAAGUAUGCAAGAAUUUCUCAAAAUGGAUAUGACAGGAAAAAUUAUUAAAAAUGUAAUUCUACCUCCACUUAAAGAGAAGCACAAGAUCGUGACGUUUAAGGUCGCGCCUCGAAGUCAAAAUGCACACGCCUGGGUUCACGCUGGUUUUCACUACGUAGUAGACACGUAUGACAUAGUUUUAGAUUGUAUUAUCGUGUAUGGAGGACUUUCCCCUAAUUAUACCAGGUCGUGGAAGACUGAGCAAUAUCUUGUUGGUAAACAUUUGUGGAAUAAUAAAACCCUUCAGGGGGCGCUAAAUAUUCUGAAUGAAGAAUUGGAAGUGUCUGAGAGUCUGCCGGACCCACCGGUACGUUACAGGCGACAGGCUGCUUUGGGAUUAUUUUACAAGGGUCUGCUCGCACUUUAUCCUCAAGAGAUACUAAAUCCUCGUUAUAUUUCUGGAAUGACUAAAAUUCAUAAUACUCGUCCGGUUUCACGAGGACAGCAAAAUUUUGAAACAAAUCCUGCCCUUUGGCCAAUUAAUUUGCCAAUACCAAAACUGGAAGCUCUAAUACAAUGUGCAGGAGAAGCUGAAUAUACUGAGGAUUUACCAACACUUCCAAGAGAAGUGUAUGCAGCCUUCGUACUGACUACAGUUCCUCUUGGAACCAUUACUAAAAUAGAUGCCAGUAAAGCUUUGGCCGUGCAUGGAGUGAUUGCGUUUUACACGGCAGCGGAUAUUCCAGGAAGAAACAGUUUUGUACCAGCAGUAAAUGACACUAAUAAGGCUGACGAAGAAGUGCUAUGUGAUGGAGAAGUCAAAUACUAUAAUCAACCUCUUGGUAUUAUUGUUGGCGAAUACCAAGAAGCGGUGGAUAAAGCUGUUAUUUUGGUUGAAGUCACAUACGCUAACGUUCGACAACCGGUCCUGGAUAUAGCCAUAGCUAAACACAUACCUGAGAGGGUAACCUUUUACGCUGCAAAUAAUCCUUCUGGAAGAGGAAAUGACAUAUAUAAAAUAAUUAAAGGCGAGCAAAAUAUAUACACACAAUAUCAUUUUCCAAUAGAAACAAUAGUGGGUAUAACUCAGAAGACAGAAGAAGGAAUACGAGUUUUUAACACGGCUCAGGGGAUAGAUUCAGUGCAAGUAACAACAUCUAGAGCAUUGUUAAUGGAUCAGAGUAGAAUAGACGUAUUUGUGCGACGACUUGGAGGCGCUUAUGGUUAUAAAAUAACCAGGUCAACACAAGUUUCAAUAGCUAGUAGUUUGAUUGCAUACAAGCUGAAUCGUCCUUGCCGCUUUAUACAAUCAUUGAGAGCUAAUAUGAGAGCUGUUGGAAAAAGAUUACCUGCUUCUAGUAAUUAUGAGGUUGCCGUAAACCAAGACGGAGUGAUUCAGUACGUAGAUUAUGACCUUUAUAGUGAUAAUGGUUAUAUUGUUAAUGAAACUCUUUUGGUUGCUGGCACUGGGGACUAUAACAAUGCUUAUAGAAGUGAUACGUGGAAAUACAGAUCCUUUACUGUUACAACCGACACUCCAUCAAAUAGCUGGUGUCGGGCUCCAGGUUCAUUGGAACAUGUUGCGAUGGCCGAAACUAUCUUAGAGAGAAUAGCGUAUGAAAUGAAUAUUGAUCCAUUUGAAAUUCGUUUAAGAAACUUCGAUUCAAUAAAUUAUGAUGAGAUGAUAGGUAUGAUAACAAGAAUAAGAACAGAGUCUCAAUAUGAUGAAAGAAAAGUUCUGGUUGAAAAAUUUAACAUGAACAAUCGGUGGAAAAAGCGUGGUCUAAAAGUCUCAUUUCUUAGAUGGAACGCAUCUCGAACUAAAUAUAUAGAUGUUAACUUGGACGUUUAUAAAGAUGAUGGGACAGUAGCUAUAACGCACGGAGGAAUUGAAAUGGGUCAAGGAAUGAAUACAAGAGCCGUGCAGAUAUGCGCCAGCUUUUUGAACAUACCUUUGGAUAAAAUUCAAAUAAAAUCCACUAACACUAUUAGCACACCGAACAAUAGCGAUACAGAGUCUAGUGUGACAUCUCAGAAUGUAGGUAGAGGUGUUCGAAGAUGCUGUGAAGAACUCUUGACACGAUUAGAGCCAGCAAAAAAACAACUACAUAACCCUUCUUGGGUUGAACUUAUUCAAAAAGCUUAUGCUAUGAAUAUUGAUUUGCAAGUACACGGUUUUGUAAGUCCUGAUGAUGAAGUGGACCAAACUAUUUACGGUGUUACAGUCGCUGAAGUUGAAAUAGAUGUUUUAACAGGGGAAUGGGAAAUUUUGAGGGUCGAUUUAAUUGAAGAUGUCGGAAGAAGUAUUAAUCCGGAUCUUGAUGUUGGUCAAAUUGAAGGUGCUUUUGUGAUGGGUCUUGGUUACUGGACAACAGAAAAUAUAGUGUAUGAACCGCGAAGUGGAGAAAUUCUCUCAGACCGUACCUGGCAGUACUGGGUACCCAGCGCCAGAGAUAUCCCACAGGAUUUUAGGAUCUACUUUAGAAAACGGUCGUUUAGUAAUGAGGCUUUCCUUGGAUCUAAAGCAACGGGUGAGCCAGCGACAUGUAUGGCAAUUGUUAUACCAUUUGCAAUAAGGGGUGCCAUAGCAUCAGCUCGUGAGGAAACUGGCAUACCUAUAACAGAAUGGUUCCAAAUAGGUGAUUUUUAG